AUGACAACCUUCGAGCCCUCGCUCAGCGCCAGCAUGCGCGCUUCUUCGCAUGAUGCGCCAUCUAUGGCCGACCAACUACCUUCCAUCAAUUUCGGCUUCGAGGAACUACGCAGCCGCAUGAACCAAUUUACUGCGCGAUUCGACGAUUUCAUUGAGAAGGGCCGCAGACGUGUCUUAGAAGAGCGCAACCAGUUCCGCGUAAAUGUCGCAGAGAUCCAAGAGGACCAGCGCAUGAAGAAACGCGACAUCGAAAUCCUCUCUCUUAAACAAACCCAGCAUUCCCAGAACCUUGCCAAAGAGUCUGCAGAAACGUCCGAGAUGCACGCCGCGAUCACCACGCUCACCACGCAACGCGAUGAGCGCAUGACCCACCGUGACGCCCUGCGCGCCCAGAUUGCAGAAAUGCAAAAGUCUAUCUCCACACGCCGCGAAGCACAGCUCAAGCACCGCCGCUACCUUGAUGGCCAGAGCCGGUACAACGAGCCCGAGCUCGAAUUUUGGGAGAGCUACCUCGGCUUGAGGAUUGAGGGGUUGGGCAAGGAAGACAGCCUGAAAUUUGUCUAUACGAACGUUUGUGAGCGAGAAUGGGAGCGGGAAGCGUGGUUCGAGUUAGACACCAGUGAGCGAGAGUACAGGAUCGGGGAAGUGAGACCGAAGGUAGAGAGGGAAGAAACCGAUCGUGUCCUGGAGCGCCUGAACGAGACAAGAGAUCUUGCAGCUUUCCUGAAAGGUAUGCGAGAGCUGUUUGUGGAGGCGUUGAAGUAA